CUUUUUUUUUUUUAAAUUUUAAGCCAAGCCGACGCCUUUUACUGGUGGAUCUCGGGACGUCUCCGGAGCGCUUGGGCAUUCCUGGACCUCUGAGAAACUGGGAUGGGCACAGGAACGAAGAGGAGGAGGAGGGAGAGGUGCCCAUGGCGUCGGAGCGGCGCAAGGUCAAGUACCACUGGAGCAGCGUUUCGGAAGGGGGUCCCAGCAAGCGCAGCUGCCUCCGGGAGCCCGGUGAUGUGGCCGCCUCCAGUCGGCCAGCUCGUAGCUCUGCGUCGCGUUCGCGAGGGUCCAGCAGCUCCAAGCGCCUGAAAGACCGUCAGGAGGAGGACGAUGUGACGGCCCGCAAGCCCAGGUCACCCGGGAGCUCAUCCCUUCUUCGCCGGAGUUCCUCAUCCUCUUCUUCCCACUGGUCGGGACCAAGUGCCCACGGGGCUGCUUCCCAAGGUUCCCCGAUUCGCAGCGCCCGGGGCUUCCUUUCGUCCAAGGGAUCCCCUCUGCGCCCUGCUCAACUUUCCCUCCAAGAAAUGGCUUCUCUAAAAGAAGAGGCCUGCAGCCCUAAGGUUGAUUGUAAAGGUAGCUCUCGAACUUCCACGAACUCUGAAUUUGUUGAAGCUGAGCGUCGGAGUGAUGCUGUGGAGGAGCCAGACAAGGUCCAGAAGAGGAGGAAGGACAGACUUGGAGACCAAGGCUCCACAGUGAUCUACCUGAAAGCCAUCCAGGGCAUCCUGGGGAAGUCAAUGCCAAAGAGGAAGGGUGAGGCUGCCCCGCGUCGGGGGAAGCCAGGCCUGGGAGAACGCCCCGGCCAGGGAGAAGGACCAGCUAGGAGCGUCACGGUCGCCGCUCCUCAGAAAGAGGAGUCAUCCCCAGAAGUAAGCGUGGAGGAGGACAAGUCUGUGCCUGCCAGGAACAGCUUCUCUGACAGAAGAGUGAUCCUAGAACCUCCAGAGCAACCCGGUGAGGAGCCGCUCGGUGACCGAAGGACCGUCAUUGACAAACCCUCGCCCUCUCCCCCGCCCCCUCGAGGAUUUUUUGAUGACUCUGACUCUCAUGUAGAUAUUGAAAAGUACGCAGACAGGGAAGUAGUGACUGAGCCCCCCUCUUCAGGGAGCGACUGGUCUGAUGUGGAUGAGCUGGCCACUGUCAGGUUUUCUCAGGAGGAGCCUGUCUCUCUAAGAUACUCAGUUCCAGAGCCUUCCUCCUUCCCCACGGACUGUGUUAUGUACCCUGCUCAUCUGUACAGCAGUCCGUGGUGUGACUACGCCAGCUACUGGACUGGGGCCACCAAGACUCCUGGCUACUCCUCCGUGGGCAGCAGCAGCAGCAACGACUCAGCACAGGCUGGAAAGAGCAGCGAUCACUCCCCCUUGUCCACAGUGAGUGCCCAGAAUGCCACCCAGGAAGGCAGGUCCCAGAAUUCCCGCUCACCCCACCUCUUCAAAGGUUCUAAGGAGAAGGAGGUUAAGGAGAAAAGGACAUUCCGUGAAGAGACACCACCUCGGCACCAUGGAAGGCACGUGUCCAGCUCCCUGCCAAGGAGCCACCUAGAGCUGAGCCUGGAGGAGGGCUUUAUCGAUACCCACUGUCACCUGGACAUGCUCUACUCCAAACUGUCUUUCAAAGGGACCUUCACAAAGUUCCGAAAAAUUUACAGCAGCUCCUUCCCUAAGGAAUUUCAGGGCUGUAUCUCUGACUUCUGUGAUCCGCGGACACUGACUGACGGUCUGUGGGAGGAACUCUUGAAAGAAGACCUGGUUUGGGGGGCUUUUGGCUGCCACCCUCAUUUUGCACGUUACUAUAGUGAUCGUCAAGAAAGAAAACUCUUGCAAGCCUUACGCCACCCCAAGGCUGUAGCAUUUGGGGAAAUGGGUCUGGAUUACUCCUACAAGUGUUCCACACCCGUCUCCGAGCAGCACCAGGUGUUUAAGAGACAGCUGAAGCUGGCCGUCUCUCUGAAGAAGCCCUUGGUCAUCCAUUGCCGAGAGGCUGAUGAAGAUCUGCUGGACAUCAUGAAAACAUGUGUGCCCUUUGACUACAAGAUCCACAGGCACUGCUUUACCGGCAGCUACCCGGUGAUCGAGCCCCUGUUGAAGUAUUUCCCCAACAUGUCCGUGGGCUUCACGGCAGUGCUGACCUACUCCUCGGCCUGGGAAGCCCGAGACGCGCUGAGGCAGAUCCCCCUGGAGAGGAUCAUCGUGGAAACCGACGCGCCCUACUUCCUUCCUCGCCAGGUGCCCAGGAGCCUUUGCCAGUAUGCCCACCCAGGCCUAGCCCUGCACACAGUUCGAGAGAUUGCCAGGGUUAAAGAGGAAUCGCUCUCCCACACCCUGGCCACCCUGCGAGAGAACACCAGUCGCCUCUACAGUCUCUGAGAAAUGUGGGCACGAGCCAGGAGGCUUCCAGAAAAGUCCCUCCAGGACAACCUGCAAUCUGACAGAAUGGGCUGGGCUCCCCCCACUGUGCCCAAGGUGAAGACGAGGUGGAGUGCCUGUCGGAGCAGCAAACUGUGACACAUGUCAUCCUCAGAACCGCGUUGCAAGGCUUCAGUCCUGCCACCAGGCAGGGGGUGGGGGGUGGGUGGACGGAUGGGUGCCAUAGAAUGGACAUGGGGUGAGGGAUGGAGACAGCAUCGGGUUCCAGAUGGCUACUGGACGAAAGACUCCAAGGUGGCCAGUGACCCCAGUGGUAUGGGUUUCUCUGUAGUAUGAAUAAAGUUACCUCCCCUUUGAGCACA